UCCCGGGCAGGGCUCGCCUCGCCGGUGACAUCACUCCCGAAGAUACUCCCCACUCUCAGCGCCUGCCUUUGCGAGGCGUCUGUCCGUUUGUCGGUUUCCUUCUGUCCGCUGCUGGAGAGGGCUCAUUGCUGGCCGGGGACAGAGCCGGGCACUGAGGAGCGACAGAACCCGGAGGAGGAGGAGGGAGAGCGCAGGCAGCGAGGAAAGGAGGAUCCCGGCAGGUGACAAGCAUGAAAUUCAGCCCAGCGCACUACCUGCUGCCUCUCCUGCCGGCGCUGGUCCUCAGCACCAGACAGGACUAUGAAGAGCUAGAAAAGCAGCUGAAGCAAGUCUUUAAGGAGCGAAGCACCAUCCUCCGUCAGCUGACAAAAACAUCAAGAGAACUUGAUGGAAUUAAAGUCAACCUUCAGAAUUUGAAAAACGAUGAGAAAUCUACCAAAACUGAUGUUCAGAAGCUUCUGGAAAUAGGUCAGAAACAAAGAGAACAAAUGAAGUCUCUCCAGGAGGCCCUGGAAAAUCAGCUUAAAGAGACAACUGAGAAAGCAGAAAAACAGCAGGCUACUAUUGCUUUUUUAAAGACUGAAAUGGAGAGAAAGAACAAAAUGAUCCGAGAUCUCCAAAAUGAGAAUAAAAGCUUGAAACACAAACUCUUGUCAGGAAACAAGCUGUGUGGAAUACAUGCAGAAGAGUCAAAAAAAAUCCAAGCCCAGCUGAAGGAGCUUCGUUAUGGGAAGAAGGAUUUAUUAUUUAAGGCCCAACAGCUUACUGAUCUGGAACGAAAAUUAGCUGUGGCGAAAAAUGAACUGGAGAAAGCAGCUCUUGACCGGGCGUCGCAGCUGAAAGCAAUGAAAGAAACGGUACAACUCUGCCUCUCAACUGUUUUCCAUGAUCAACCUCCUCCCCCUUUGAAUCUCUUCAAGCCAAGUCCAACUCAGAUAUCAAUUCCAUCCAUGCCAAAUGACACUAAGAUUGCAGAUGCAAGGACAAGAAGCAAGGCUCAACAAACCACUUCUGAAGCCCAUGAGAGCUCUCAAGUUGAGACUACAAAGGAAGAAUAUCUGAGUACCCCUGAGUGCGAUACUCAAAUUCUUUUACAGGGGAGCACGACCUGUUCAAUGAAGCACGAAGAAAAUCCUGCAAGCAAUGACACUGCAGAAUCAGAACCUGUCCCACAGAAUGUGCCGGUGCCUCCUUGUACUGAAUGCGAAGAGGAAAAAAACCUGGGAAAACAAUUGACCAGCACUGAAGGGAAGGCAAAUAGAGAAAAAAAAUGACUGUAAAUACCAAGAAACUGUGUUAAAAACAUCCAUUUGCUAUUGUCUUCAUACUCUUUUUAGACCACAAGCUUGAUGGAAAUACUAAGUUUUUAAAGCAUGCAACUUUUUCACAAUUUUAUGUAACUUUAUACAGUAGUCUACAAAUUUUCCAAAAGAUUCCAGGCCAAUUAUGAUCCUUAAGCAAUAACCUAAUUAAAAUGGAUAUCCACAGUCAUACAUCGUCACUGUCAUCAGUAAAUUGCCCAGUAUAAAUUGGUCUUUUUUGAACUCAAAUGCAAUAUAACAUUUAAUUCUUCUGGUUCAUUUGGGUAUCCAGUACUUCCAUGAUCUAGUUUUUUAAAUCAGCUGGAGAAUGAUUAAAUGUGGAUCCUCAGCAUUUUUAGAAUCCAAAUUGAAACCAUAGCAUAAAGAUUUUGGUCCAUGCUGGUUAAUUGGAGUCACUCUCCUCAAGGUUGGAAUCUGUACUGACCCGAAUAUAUUAUUUAUUUGAGUGUGUUCAUUGCUAUUCUCAUUACUAUUUAGAACCAUGUCUAAAUAAUAUCAAGGCAUUUCCGUCAGGGGUUUAGUCAAUUAACAAAAUUCUUUAAAUAUGUUUAGUAUAAUGUAGACAAAAUAUCAAGGAAGAAUGACUAAAUUUCUGACACAAUUGAUUAGAUUUUUGGCAUUCUAUAGACACACCCCUAUGGUUGUCUGCUGGAAUUACUCCAAGCUAUAAAUCAAGCUGUUUGAAAUGCUCAGUGUGAUUUUUGGUAUGAAAUUGGGUAAUGGGAUGUGGGAUGGGAAGAGAGGUCCAAAAUACAAAUAUGCAAGCAGAUAAUAUACAUUUUAAAAUGAGGAUUUGAUGAAAGUAAAAUAGCCAUGUAGAACUAAUGAACCCCAAUUUGUAUAUUUUGAAAACAAAUGUAUUAUUAAAAUAAAUCAGUGGCUGUGGGAACCUUUGACGUUGGGACUCUACAUAGGAAUACCACUGAUCAAAUAAAUUCACUCUUGGAUACUCUGAACAUACCUCAUAAGCAAGAGUAAUUGACACUGACUGAAAUGAUACGUAUAGCAUCAAACUUAUAGACUAAAAUCAAUUGGUUAAAUGAUGUAGUUAGGUUGUCUGCACCAAAUCUAUUCACUUCUGCUGGUUAGACCCAUUUUGUAGAAAGCGUAUAAAACCAUUGUUUUAUAGACUGGAUCUGUCAAGCCACAAUUAAUUUGGAGCACAGUAUCCUGGCAUGAUCUGUAAUCAAUAGAUGAACUUAAAUUCUGGGAUAUGAUGGCACAACUUUGACCACAGUGACAUAUUCAAAGAAAUUUAGUGAUCUGGAGAAAUGCCAAACUAUCAUUAACAGUAAAAGUGAUACUGUGAUAUAUUCAUGUAGCAAUUGUACUUGCUGAGUAAUUCUGUGUCACUUAUCAGUAUUUUUCAGAUUACAGGCUACCUAAGAAAGAUAACUAGUUUUAUAGAUGAUUUAUAGAGUUUUCGGGUGAAAUGACCAGGACAAAAGAAAAGAUCAAGGUCUGAAGCUCCUGCUGACUCCUCAGCUCUAAAAAUCAUUUAAUUCGAUGAGAUGGAAUAUUGCUAAUUUCCCUGGUCCUAUUCCUUGUAAUUUCCAUAUUGUACCCAGAAACCCUAACCAUCUCUAAAGAUUUAUGAAAGGGAAGCAGAUAAUUUAGUUUAAUUUAGGUUUACUUUCCUACCUCCACCCAUGGCUCCAACUUCCCUCCCAGACCAUAUGGAUCCUAUGGAAAAUUAAUCACCAUUUCACCUUAGCAAAGUAUGUCUUGAGGAAUCUUUGGAAAUAAUAAAAA